GUUGGAUGCUUUGGAUACCAGCUAUAUUGACAUCAGACAUUUCAUCAAUUCCACCCUCUAGUACAAAGUCAUAUCCUAUCAACCCUUUCUCCUUAAGCACAUCCAACAAAACAUAACAAACAAUGGGUCUGAUUAAACUUGCCAUCAUCGGCGGUGCUGGUGUCUGGGCUGUUAAGAAGAUCUCCAAUUCACGAGCCGAGCGAGAAGGAAAUCAGUGCCGAUGCAACAAACGUCAAGACUACCACGAUGAUCAAUACCCACCUCAAUAUCAGCAGCAGCAGCGCUACCAGCAACCAGACCAGUACAACGAGAAAGAAAAACUGUCGAGACAGAUGGACAAUUACGACUCUCAGUACGAUCAUCCUUCCACCCCAAUCCAGCAACUCCAAUCCCCUCCUCUCCAGUUCAGAGACCUUCGAUCUCCCGAGCAACAAGAGCGUGAUGCCAGCAAAUCCAUGCGCCUGAACAACGGCUACUACUACCCCUCAACCUCUCAAUGAGGAAACCUCGAACAUCCACCAAACGAUAACCCUCCUCACUACCAACCCCACUAUCGACAGCGCAGCUCGGGAUUCGUUGAGCCAGAAGAGGUCAUGUCCAGGUCUGAUGCACACAGUAUGGACGGCCGCAGAAGUGGAAGCGGUAAUUUGAGGGAUGAUGGAACGAUAUGAAAGGCAAAUCUCCGAAAGAGUAUCUGCAAAACGUCCUGGACAAGUAGGGACAUAUGAUGACCAUCAGAUACAUCUGGGUGCUGGAACGAUGGGUCAUUCGAGCAUGGCGUUCAUGGUUUUGGGAAUUGGCGAGCAUGAUUAGAUGAUACAGAUUCCACUUUGCCCGGCUGGUCAAUAAAUUUCAGCCAGGGAUGAAAUAGACUCAAUUUCUCAUCCAUUAAAUCUGGUUGUCACAUUCUCUGCGUAUGUGUUGAGUAGGCGUAGGAAGAGAGGGGAAAACUAUACAACUGGAACAUUAAAAUGGAGAAGAGAAACUGUAUAUGAAUUGUAAUGAUCUCUGGCCCAAGAUAGUAUGGCGCCGUUGUGACGAUGAGGUCUGUCAGCCAGCAUGAAAUCAAGAAUUCCCACUACUUGUUCAUCAAUCGCAGGUUUCGUUGGACUCG